UUUUUCCUUUAUACAUUACUUAUAGCAAAUUAAUUCCAAGCAUACAUUCAAGCAAGUGAAAGAAUGAAGUUGAACAUAGUUUCUAAAGAGCUAAUCAAGCCUUCCAUUCCCACUCCACCAGAGAAUCUGGGUUACAAUCUCUCCUUCUUAGAUGAACCAACCCCACACUUCUACAUCCCACUGGUUCUUUACUACCACAAUCACACCCACACAAACCAAUCCGAGAUUCUGAGCCGUUUAAAGAGCGCUCUCUCCGAAACAUUGACCAAAUUUUAUCCCCUGGCCGGGCGAAACAAGGGGCAAACACUGGUCAGUUGUAGCGACGAAGGGGUUUGCUUUGUGGUGGCUCGAGGUGAAGGGAUGAUUGAAGAGAUGAUUGGGUCGGCGGAUGGGAAGGAGUCGGAGAAACUGGUUCCUUACGGGAAGGGGGACGGCAUCUUGGCGAAAACGGAAGAGCUUUUAGGCGUGCAGGUCAGCUUGUUUAGUUGUGGUGGGGUGGCUAUUGGGGUCUGUAUUUCGCAUAGGGUUGCGGAUGUUUGCAGUCUUUGUGCAUUCCUUCAAGGCUGGGCGGCUUGUGCUUGCGGAGAUAAGAUCAAGGUUAGUCCAGUGUUCAACGGAUCGUCUCUUUUCCCGGCGAGAGGGACGCCGGAUUUCAAGCCGCCGGAAAGCUGCUCUGCUCUUCAGCCACCUCCGGAACCGCUAGCGACUAAGAGGUUUGUUUUCAGCGCCUCCGCCAUUGACGAAAUGAAGGCCAAACACACAAAAACAACAAACACCAACACUACUCCGGCGUCGCGUGUGGAAGUCGUAUCCGCCUUAUUGUGGAAGCGCUGCAUGGCGUCAAAGGAGCACAAAAACGGCGCCGUCUCAGCCAACACGUUCCCGGUAAAUCUCCGGCGGAGAAUGGCCCCGCCCCUGCCGGAAUAUUCCUUCGGGAACCUCUACCAGACGGCGAGCGCGGUGGCGGAUUGGGAGGAAGACUGGCCGAGCUUGGUAAAGAAGCUAAGAGCGGCAAACGAAAGGAUUGAUAGUAGCUAUGUAACAAAACUGAGGGGCGAAAAUGGUUUUGAGGUUUUGAAGGAGAAUUUUAGGCAAAUUGGGAGGCUAAUGGUAGAAAGUGAUGUUGUGGUGUUUAGGUUUACAAGUUGGUGUGGGUUUCCCGUUUAUGAGAUGGAUUUUGGGUGGGGGAAUCCAGGUUGGGUUAGUACUCCUGGGUUUGGUAGCAUUGAUACGGUUAUAUUGUUGGAUUCUAGAUAUCCUGGUGGAGUUGAGGCAUGGGUCACCAUGGCUGAUCAAGAUAUGAGCAGGCUUGAACAAGACAGGGAACUCCAUUCCUUUACUUGUUAGAUGCAUGCUUGAAUAGUUGAAUGAUGUAACAAGAUAUGAAAUGUAUGUGUGGAUUUUAAUUUCUUAAUGAGGUGAAAUAAUAUGUGUCUAAGUUACAAAGUAA